GGGACUAGCUCUCGGCUCCCGGCAGCCCCUGCGAUGGGCGCGGUAUGUCAGGAACUGGCCCGCCGCGGCCGUUCUCCGUAAGAUGGCGGACCGGCGGCGGCAGCGCGCUUCGCAGGACACCGAGGACGAAGAAUCUGGUGCUUCCGGCUCGGACAGCGGCGGUUCCCAGGCGGGGGGCGGGAGCUUCAGCGGUAGCGCUGGAGGCGGCGGCAGCGGCUCUCUGCCGUCCCAGCGCGGAGGUCGAGCGAGGAUGCCAAGCUGGGAGUCGAUGGUAGAUGCUGGGGGUGAUGUGUUCCAGAAAAGGAGAGCUAUCCCAGUGCGGUUUGCAUCUGGAGCCCCUAGGGAAGAGGAGAGUGAAGAUGGUAUCGAGGGCGAUGCUGUUCUCUCGGAUUAUGAAAGCGCAGAAGACUCAGAAGGUGAUGAAGGGGAGUACAGUGAAGAGGAAAACUCCAAAGUGGAGCUGAAAUCAGAAGCCAAUGAUGCUGCUAAUUCUUCAGCAAAAGAAGAGAAGGGAGAAGAAAAGCCUGACAGCAAAGGCACUGUGACUGGAGAGAGGCAAAGUGGGGAUGGACAGGAAAGCACAGAGCCUGUGGAGAACAAAGUCGGUAAAAAGGGCCCUAAGCAUUUGGAUGAUGAUGAAGAUCGGAAGAACCCAGCAUACAUACCCCGGAAAGGGCUCUUUUUUGAGCAUGAUCUUCGAGGGCAGACUCAGGAGGAGGAAGUCAGACCCAAGGGACGUCAGCGAAAGCUAUGGAAGGAUGAGGGUCGCUGGGAGCAUGACAAGUUUCGGGAAGAUGAACAGGCUCCCAAGUCCCGCCAGGAGCUCAUUGCUCUUUAUGGCUAUGACAUCCGCUCAGCUCACAAUCCUGAUGACAUCAAACCCCGAAGAAUCCGGAAACCCAGGUUUGGAAGUCCUCCACAGAGAGAUCCAAACUGGAUUGGUGAGCGGCCAAAUAAGUCCCAUCGCCACCAGGGUCCUGGGGGCACCCUACCACCGAGGACAUUUAUCAACAGGAAUGCUGCAGGUACUGGCCGCAUGUCUGCUCCCAGGAAUUACUCUCGAUCUGGGGGCUUCAAGGAAGGUCGUGCUGGUUUUAGAUCUGUGGAAGCUGGUGGACAGCAUGCUGGCCGGUCUGGUGAGACUGUUAAACAUGAGACUAGUUACCGGUCCCGGCGCCUGGAGCAGACUCCUGUCAGGGAUCCAUCUCCAGAAGCAGAUGCUCAAGUGCUUGGCAGUCCUGAGAAGGAAGAGGCGGCUCCGGAGAUAGCAAAUCCUACUCCUGACGCUGCACCACCGGCCCCUGACAGGCCUAUUGAGAAGAAAUCCUACUCCCGGGCAAGAAGAACCAGAAUCAAAGCUGGAGAUGCAGUCAAGGUUGCAGAGGAGGUGCCUCCUCCACCUGAAGGGCUGACCUCAGCACCUCCAGUCCCAGAAACUACCCCUCCUCCACCUGCUAAGACUGGGAACUGGGAGGCCCCAGUGGAUUCUACUACAGGUGGACUUGAACAAGAUGUGGCACAACUAAAUAUAGCAGAACAGAAUUGGAGCCCAGGGCAGCCUUCAUUCCUGCAGUCACGUGAGCUUCGGGGUAUGCCCAACCACAUGCACAUGGGAGCAGGACCUCCACCUCAGUUUAACCGGAUGGAAGAAAUGGGUGUCCAGGGUGGGCGAGCCAAACGCUAUUCAUCUCAACGGCAAAGACCUGUGCCAGAGCCUCCUGCCCCUCCUGUACACAUCAGUAUCAUGGAGGGACAUUACUAUGAUCCACUGCAGUUCCAGGGACCAAUCUAUACCCAUGGUGACAGCCCUGCCCCACUGCCUCCUCAGGGCAUGAUUGUGCAGCCAGAAAUGCACCUUCCCCACCCAGGUUUACAUCCCCACCAGACACCGGCGCCUCUGCCUAAUCCAGGCCUCUAUCCCCCACCAGUAUCCAUGUCUCCAGGACAGCCACCACCUCAGCAGUUGCUUGCUCCGACUUACUUUUCUGCUCCAGGCGUCAUGAACUUUGGUAAUCCCAGUUACCCUUAUGCUCCAGGGGCGCUGCCUCCUCCACCACCUCCUCAUCUGUAUCCUAACACGCAGGCCCCAUCACAGGUAUAUGGAGGAGUGACCUACUAUAACCCCGCCCAGCAGCAGGUGCAGCCAAAGCCCUCCCCACCCCGGAGGACUCCCCAGCCAGUCACCAUCAAGCCUCCACCACCUGAGGUUGUAAGCAGGGGUUCCAGUUAAUAUGAAUUUCUGAAUAUUUAAAAUCUAGCAUCAUAUAAAAGACAGCAGAGGUGAGAACCCAGAAGAGAAGAGAAUACCACAGCUGUCACUACCAAGAGGGCUUCAAAGAUCCAGGGUGGCUCCUGCCAGCAAGCAGCUGAGUGAGGGGGACCCCCACCUUCCUCUGAGGACAGGCUCUGUUGGAGAAAGGGAGAAACCAGUGGACUUCCUCCCAUUUCCAGUGUUUACUUGAGUUGGCUGUGCUCAGAGGAGCAGAGAUCUGGACAGUCCGGGCUCCCAUGUCUCCAUCUAGGAGCCCACAUCUUUUGCUCUUCUUCACUUCCUCCUGGGAACUUCAAGUGUCUUCUGCUCCCAGGGGAGCUCCUCCCUGUUUGUUUUGUUUUCUAAGAUGUUUGUUUUUAAAGCCUGGCUUGCUAUUGUUAAAUUGAUAUCCUUUUAGUUUUCCUCUUUCUCUCUUUUUCUCUCUCUCUGCCUUUAAAUGAAACAAGCUCAUUCUCUGGUUUGCUAGCUCCUCUGAGUUCUCUUUUGGUUCUUCCCUGCAUCCCAAAUAAUUGAGAACUUACCAACCAGUCUUCCCCCACCAAGUCUACAAAGAGCUGACCUUUCAUUUUUGGUUGGCCUUUAUUAUUGUAUACUUGGACUCUCUUAACUCGUCUAACCCUGUGGAAACAUAGGUGUCUGCACAGUGUCCCAUUGUGGAGAAAAGCUCAAUGAAUGCGAUAGGAGCCCUUCUUCUUGACUGAAUUUUUUAGGAUUCUGAGCCUCCAUCUGUCUCUGUACUCUGGUAGGCUUCAGUUCUGUACUGAAGACAGAGUCUCAACAGUGGGGAGAGAUGGCAAACCAGAUGCUUUAGUGAGAAAGGGAGGGUGGAGUGAGAGCCUUUGCACCUUAGGGGUGUGUAUUCACACAGUCCUCAGGGCUCAGUCUUUGAGGUAAGUGGCAUUUGAGGGCUCUGCUCUUCUUUCUAUCCCAUCUGCCACACCCCCUUUCCAGUUGCUGUGGACCAAUGCAUCUCUCUAGAGGCAAACCCAGUAAGCGCUCUUCCCUGUCCUUUGCAAUUGCUCUUCUCCAUGUCUUUCCGGCUAUAAGUGUUCUAGAUGUUACUACCUUAUUUUCCCUAAGUUUUACUCCUGUCCUUGCAAACAGAAGAUACCACCCCUGGGCUUAAAGCCUAAGGAAGACAGUCACUUUCAGGGCAAGGGCUCCUCCCUCCUUUCCUCCCUGUCUAUGGCACUGAACCACUCCCCUGCUGCCUCUGCGGAAGAGAUUCCUGUUACUGCAGCACUUGAAUCUGCCAGGGGUGAAUUGGCCACUGUCCCUGUCCUUCUAUAAAACCUGAGGGAGAAGGUGGCAGUUGUGUCUCUCCCCGAGUCAUGUCACUAAUUCUGUUUCUUCUCUUCAGCAGCUGGCUUAACCACUCUGAGUCACAGGUGUGGGGUGGGGAAGGGAGAGAGGCACUCAAACUAUAACCCCCUAAGGAGGAAAUAACUAAGAGAUUCUUCCAGGGGUAGCUGGUGGUUGUGCCUUUUGUGUAGGCUGUUCCCUUUGCCUUAAACCUGAAGAUGUCUCCUCAAGCCAGUGGGCAGCGUGCCCAGAUUCCCAGACCUUAAGACACUGUGACAUUUGUCUCUGUUGGUCUGCUGUGUUGUGUUGCAAGAAUUUCUCCAUGUGUAUUGUUGUUUGUUACUGUUUUAAAGGGUGCACCUAUGUGAUUGGCAUUGUGAUUUGGAGAUAAUAAAAUUUAGACAUGUAAGCUUGG